CCCAUCACAAAGACACGCUCAGCGAGGCAAAGCUGCCGCAAAGCCCCAUCCUCCGGGGCUUUUAAAAGACCGUGCAGGCUUCGUGCUCCAGCAAGAUCACUGCUAAAUACGCCGAACCGACCCUGGUCGCGGGAGCGAAAGCUGAGGCAUCGGCAAACUGCUCAGGGAAUAAAUAGGUGACAAGAUAACUGGGCUGCGGGUCAAAGAUUUUAACCCUUUAUCUGCCACAGGCGGGAGCGGGAGGGGGAGGACAGUCGACGCGGCGGCAAGGCGUCCCGGGUGGCGAAAAAAAAAAAUGCGAGCACGUUUUCGUGGUAAUUUCGAUGCGGUCCGGACCAGAGCCGACUGGCUCGUCGCAGCUAGCCCGGUCCAGCCGCGUUGUUGGUGCCGCAGCCGUUUGUAGUCUUCACGCCCGGCAGCAGCAGAAGCAGCAGCAGCGCCGCCACGGGAUCAGGGAAGACAAAAGGUGAGGGACGAGCCGCUCUCUGGACUCCCGGAGAGAAGAAAGCCGCCGCUGAACGACGCUCUGCCUCUGCCUCUGCUCCACCAGCGUCCCCGUGAAGAACCCGGCUGCCGAGCGAAGUCCCAGGCCCCGCAGGCGGCAGCUGCGUCAGGAUGGCGGCCGUGGUGAACUACUCUCCGCCUUGGUGGGUGAACCUGCUUCACCGGCUGCCUCACUUCAACUUGGAGUUCCAGAUGGUGAGCAGCGACUUCCGACCGGAGGACUCGGACUACCAGAAGUCUGUUUUGCUGAUCGGUGCCGUGGCGUUGCUGUGCCUGGGCCUGGACCUGAUCUUCCUGCUCAUCUACUCCUUCUGGCUUUGCUGCCGAAGAUGCAAGAAGGACGACUCCUCGCACUCCCACUCGCACUCCCAGCAGCCCAGCGCCGACUGCUGUUGCACCGCCUGGUGCGUCAUCAUCGCCACGCUCGUCUGCAGUGCUGGAAUCGCCGUCGGAUUCUACGGAAACGGGGAGUCGAGCGACGGAGCUAGCCGCCUGGCGUACUCCCUUCGUCACGCCAACCGCACCGUGUCCGGCGUGGAGAAGCUGGUGUCAGACAACGCCCUGGCCUUAAACCAGACCGUGGAGGAGAACCUGGCCCAGUUGGAGACGGCCUUCCAGGACCAGACGGACUACGUGGCCAUCGUCCAAAAGCUGCAGGGGCAGCUAGACGAGCUGGUGAGGCUGAUGGUCGACGUGCCGUUCUGGUCCAACACCGAUGUCUCCCUGGAGGACUUGGCCCAAAAAACAGAAGCCUUUGACUUUUACAGGUGGCUGGGCUACCUCGGUCUGCUGCUGUUUGAUGUUCUCAUUUGUCUGCUGGUGCUCUUUGGUCUCAUUCGCAACUCUCGGGGCACUCUGAUUGGGGUGUGCUUCCUUGGGGUCUUGACUCUGAUAAUCAGCUGGGCUUCUCUGGGCAUCGAGCUGGCGGUCGCUGCUUCAGCCAGCGACUUCUGCGUCUCUCCAGACACCUACAUCACCAGCGUGACCAAAGAAAACGCCGUCAUUGAUCAAGAUAUCCUGCAGUAUUACCUGAGGUGCAGCUCUGGGAAAGUCAACCCUUUCCAGCAGAGGCUGUCAGGGAGUCACAAAGCUUUGGUGGAGAUGCAGGAUGACGUGGCCGAACUGCUGAGAUCUGCGACACGGGAUUAUGCCACUGCCAAGGAGAGCCUUGAGCAGAUCCAGUCGGUGCUGAAUUCCACCGAGGUUGGUCUCCACCAGCUGACCGCCCUGGUGGACUGCCGCAGCCUACACAUGGACUACGUCCAGGCGUUGACCGGGCUGUGUUACGAUGGGGUAGAAGGUGUCAUCUACCUGGUUCUGUUCUCCUUCGUCACCGCGCUGAUGUUCUCUUCCAUCGUGUGCAGCGUGCCACACACCUGGCCGAGGAAGAGGACGGAUGACGAGGACGGAGAAGACGAGUCGGGUGCCUCACGCGGCGUGCACGAUAACCUGUACCGCGUUCACAUGCCCAGUCUCUACAGCUGUGGCUCCAGCUACGGUAGCGAAGCUAGCCUGCCCGCCACAGCCCACACUGUCAGCAAUGCCCCCGUCACUGAAUACAUGAGCCAGAACGCAAACUUUCAGAACCCCCGGUGUGAGAACACCCCCUUGAUUGGCAGGGAGUCCCCUCCACCCUCUUACACCUCCAGUAUGAGAGCGAAGUACCUGGCCACCAACCGACCGGAGCAGAACCGCCGCUCGGUUCCCAACGACCAACUGGAUCCCGCGAGCCGGCCCAACCCCGCCGCCCGACCACAGUCCUCAGUCCACUAGAGACCAGUCCAACGCAGCACUGCCUCAGCCGUCUUCUCACAGCCAGCAGCAUGACCCGACACCGCGCUCAGGCCGGAGCUUCCUGCUACCCGCAUCCCGGCUCCAGCAGGACCCCCCACACCGCCAAGUCCUCUGAAUCUCUUUAAAACGGUACCAGAAGCCACACAUCCAGUCUAAAAGGGUCCAUGUUUCUACGUCUCCCCCCCCCCCCCCCCCCCCCUCCUCCUCUGCGGAUCCACCUUUCGGCUGCUGGUUCCACCACCUCUGCUGUGGGUCAGCUCAGGUUCCCCCGGCGGUUCCUCCUUCUGUUUUUCUCUAGGAUCUGUUCUCUCUGUCCCCGCCGGUCAAUUAAUCCCCCCCCCCCCCCCCAUCUCCCGGACACUUUUACGUUCAAAUAACAUGCUGGCUGACACACACACACACACACACACAUGCACACACACUCACACACACACGUUGUACAGAGCUGUAAAUAGCGCGACACACGCUUUAUUCUGACUUCAUGAAGAGUAGACCGUUUUAAUCCUUCCUGGUUACGUGGCGUGCCGUCUGUUCAUCAUGGAAACUCUUCGCUGUAUCUCUUACACAAAACACGCGCAAGCUGGCGGCUAAAGGAACCCAACGCUCAUGUGUAUAAAUAACAAGCCAGUGACUCAGAAAGCCAUGAUAAUAGAUAGGAACUUAGCUGUACCCCCCCCCCCCCACACACACACAUUCCCUCUUCGACUCGUCGUUCAGGACUUGAAGCGGCGCGUCCACGUCUCGUUUACGUGCACCGGCCGCACACAGCAGUGCUUUUAUCACGGAGGUGGAAGCUGGAGAGCACGGACACGAAAAAGGCUCGACUUGUGCCAAAUAAACUGAGAAAUGAAAACAAAGGAUGCCUGAUUCUCUUCUCAUCUCCCACUGCCUCCGGAGGACUCAGAAAGGGGAAAGGAAACUGGAAAAGGGAGCGUUACCCGCGCCGCCGUCGGCGAUAAGGGAGCAGGACGGACUCUUGAGGAGGGUACCGACGGACACGUAUCUGCGAUUUAAAACUUGUAAGGUGCUAUUUAAAGCUGUCAAAGUCUCAGAAGGUCAGGAA